GUGUGUCAAAAUGCAGAAGCUGCAAAAACUCGCGCCGUGAGCAAUCACUCGCGCGACGGCUGUCGGUCUCGUUUGCGUGAUUAGUAAGCUCGUGUUGAGAGCGAUGGACGGAUCGUGCGCUGUAAAGCUGCAAACGCGAUAUCGCCUUAUUUGCGACACAUAAUGGACCCGAUAGUCGUUGUCUCGUUGUGGGUCAUUCAGAGGCGGAUACGCGUUCCCGAUUGAAUUUUUUUUUCUUAUCCGCCUGGAAAUUAACAGCGCGAACGCGAACGACCAUAAAACUCCUCUCGAUUUUUAUCCCGCGACUGACUGACCACACGUGACGCUUUCUGUGCGAAUAAGCUUGGACUUUCGGACAAUGAACUUCUCUGGAUUACGCGUUUAUGUUUGUAAUCGUAUACAAAAAAAGUGUUUUUGUCAUCGACGGAAAUGAAGGCCGUCGCGACGAUUUCCUGAAUUAUAAGAAACGCUAGAAUGAUUUCGCACUUUUCUUUACGUUUCUAUAUUUUAAUCGAUCGUUGACGAUAGACUGAUUAUACAAGUUACUUGUGGAUAUAUUUUAUAAUACGAUUGCAUACUCUUCACAAAUUCUUUUAUCUUUUUAAAAACAUAAAUAAAUAAAUUAAUUUUAUACUUGCAAAAAUAAAUUUGUAUCAAUUUAUAGAUCUUAUUAAAUGAAUCGUUGUUUUAUAUCGAGGCUACCGAAGGCAAAUUUGCCGUCCGUGGCAAGUCAACGUUUUAGGCGUACGCAGUUUGACGGCAGAUUGAUAACUUUUCAAGUUUUGGGUCACGCGAAACAGCCGAAAUACUAAAGACCGGGCUCUCGGCUUUCGGAAUGGCCUUAACCUCAGGCAUCCUGUGAAUUUCCAAUGAGCGAAAGCAAAUCAAAUUAAUGUUUAUAAAAUAACAAGAGGACAUUUGCGAAUUAACCGAUUUCGUGCCGUGCUUCUCCAAACCAGGUUCGAUGUAUAUCGUAUCGUGUUAGACCAUCGAAGUGGAAAUGGUCGUACCACCUGACGGAGGAUGGGGCUGGGUAAUUGUUGCAGCCUCCUUUAUGUGCAAUUUCUUCGUCGACGGUAUUAUUUUCAGUUUCGGCGUGUUUCUCAACGAUAUCGCGGACGCAUUCUCUGUAUCGAAAGCGAGUGUCGCGUUCGUUAAUUCGUUACAGAGCGGAUUCUAUCUCAUGGUUGGUCCCUUCGUAUCCGCCCUCGCCAAUCGAUAUGGCUUUAGACUAGUGGCGAUAUUAGGAAGCGUGAUAAGCUGCGCCGCCUUCGUCCUCGCGUACUUCAGCACUUCUAUCGAAUUUCUUUACUUUUCUUAUGGUGUCAUCGGUGGUAUCGGAGCAGGUCUAAUAUACGUGCCGGCCGUGAUAACUACCGGUUUUUAUUUCGAAAAAUGGCGAGCCUUAGCUACAGGUAUCGCAGUAUGCGGCUCCGGUAUCGGUGCAUUUUUGCUUGCACCGCUUUCGAAUAUACUCGUGAAAACUUUCGGCUGGAGAGGAGCCUUGCUGUGUCAAGCAGGCAUGAUAUUACAUUGUGCCAUAUUUGGCGCGAUGUUCCGUCCUUUGAAACCAACGAGGAUUAAGGUAAAGAACACCCCGGAAAACGCUGCGCUCGAGGUGAAAACCACGUUAAUGGCAAAAGGUGUGUCAACGACCUCGUUGCAUUGUGUGCAGCCGAAUAGAAGCGGUUUCUUCGGCACGAAUAACAAUACGGAAUACCCGACGGCGGCGGAACUCCUCGGCAGCAACCCUAACAUAGUAAACGCAUCCAAGUCCCUGCAUUCAUUACACAAGGUGCAUAUGGAGACUGAGCCCUUGGAGAGAAAAGCGAGCACUUUGGAGAAACGAUUAUCCGCACCGAUAUAUCCCGCCGAUGACCCCGAUUUGGAUGAUAUGAUUAACGAAGAGAAGAUCGCCGAGGAAAACAAUCUGCUCAGCGGCGAUUUGGAGCGGUUAAAUGGAAAAGUACCGACGAUCCGUCGACAUACGAUUAGUGGCAGGCGUCUCCGAGCGGAUUCGGAAUGCAGCCAAAAGUCUCUUCGAACAGGCAAACGUAAUUCGAAAGAUCCGCAGAGGCCGUUCUACAGAGACGACAUCUUUUACGGCGGCUCUUUGAACAGACUUCCUCAUUAUAGGUCUCAGCAAUCGUCAGUCGGUUAUCACAUGUCAGUGACACGAUUGCCAACGGCAAAGGAUGUGGCAGAGGAAGAAAGCGGAAGUUUCUACCUGUGUCCGGAAAGCGUGCGACGAAUUUUGACUACAAUGCUCGAUUUGAGCCUUCUGAAAAGUCCGUCCUUUUUAAUAUUAGCGAUUUCUGGUGCGCUCACUAUGAUGGGCUUUUAUACGCCCUUCUUGUAUGUAGCAGAUCGAGCAAUAAAAGCUAACAUUGACGCUUCUUCGGCAAUGUUCCUCGUUUCGGUGAUCGGCAUCGGCAACACUAUUGGUCGUAUUGUUUGCGGCUUAGCAAGCAGUUUGCCCGGAGUAAACGCUCUGGUCGUGAACAAUAUAUUUAUCAGCGUCGGUGGUUUAGUAACUAUAUUCUCCGGCCUUUCUUUAACCGAGGGAUAUCAAUUCUUUUAUGCAGCUAGCUUUGGCCUUAGUAUAUCCGUCUUCGCUUCCCUCAGAUCGAUUCUCGUUGUGGAUCUGUUGGGCUUAGAGAAACUAACAAACGCUUUUGGGCUGCUUCUUCUAUUUCAAGGUGUGGCGGCGACUGUGGGCGCGCCUCUUGCAGGUGCGUUCAUGGAUGCGACUGGGAGCUACGACGCUUCGUUCUACCUAUCCGGCAGCUUGAUGCUUAUGUCGGCUGUGAUCUGUUAUCCGCUAAAGAGAAUCAACAUGUGGGAGAGGCGCGAGAAGAAACCGACUGCGACAGAACCUUCCGCGUCCUGAUUGAAGAUACAAAACUGUGCCUCAUUCUUCAUACUCCACGUGCGUGCGCUCAUUCACGCUUAUACAUAUUGUGUCGUACAUAUUAAUGUACAACUAAUAAUUUAUAGUGCUAUAGCCUAAUAAUUUAUACUGAGCGCUCGAACCAAGAAUAUAAUUAUAUCGUAAGCCUUCACGCCAUAAACGACAAAUGAUCGAUCUCAUGUGUGUGAUCGGCAGAACGAUCGGUCGCGUUCGCUCGCGCUCAAGAAUGGCUUUAAAAAUAAAAUCCGAUCAUGCGCUUUAAAAAAUAUUAUCAUUAUACAUAUAGAAGGUGUGUAACGCGAGAGGAAAAUGCUUUUUGUAUACUUGUGAUCUGCUUGUCAAAGGUUUGAUUGUUUUCUUUGACAGGAUAUUUAUUCCACGCAAUGACUUUACAUUUUUAUUCGUAAUCUAUCGCCUCGUGACAAUAAAUUCGUAAGUAAAUUUUGCAUUCCGUUGAAUUCCAAUUUUUUGAUAUUACGUAAACUUUUUCGUCUAAUAGAAGUUUAAAGAAAUACAGUAGAUGGAUUUUAGAUAAUUCUAUAAACUUUUUUUUUUAAACAAAGAUGAUUUAUCUGACUGCUUCUAUUUAAUUAAUAAAUAUUUUAUUCAUUGAAUGGAAUUUAACAAUAUAUAAGAUGGGACCGGAUUGUAAAUAUAUGUGAUAGAAAAUUAUUUCGUGAAAUAGAGUAUCCAGAAUUAAUUGCUUUAUUCAUGUCUUUGGUUAACAUUAGUAUAGAUGAAAGACAAAAGACACUAACAGACGAAAGGUUAUUUAUAUCUUGUAUUUGGAAAAACUUUAUAAUAACAUUUUUAUUUAAAUAAUAAAAUAGAGAAUUUCAAAAGUUUCAUUACGCGAAAGUUAAAGUUAAAUCGAAAGUUUCAAUUUAAAAUGUUUGCUAAAUCUGUUUUAAACACCGAUCGUGGACGACGACAUAAAAUUACUAAAUUGCGACGUCGCAAAUAUUUGUUAAUAAUAAAAAUAAUAGCCAAUAUUAUUUACACACGAUAAUAAAAACAUCUAUUCUUACUUGUAAUUUUACUUGUAAGUUAUAAAUUUGCAUUAAUUACGAUUUUAUGUAAAAAACCGAUUGCAUCAAAUAUGUAUAAAUAUAGGUAUAUGAAUAUUUACCGAUGCGUACUUUUUAAGAUAUAAUGACAUGUCUCCUUAUCUAUGUUCCUAGGCUAUCUAGCCUGGGAAUAUGAAUAAGGUGUCUGGUUACGUCUCCAGACUUUUAAUGGCUCGGGUACCUCGAGAAGGCCAACUCCCGUACUCACCAAUGAGCCCCUGAGGAAGAAGUUGAAUGAGAAAAAAGUACUAUUUUACUAUUUUACUAUUUAAAUAUAUAUAUUUUUGUAAUAAUAACAGUAAAAAGAUAACGGCAAAUAAUUAUAAAUUAUUAUAAGACGAUGAAUAUUUAAUGGUUAUCGAGUAAAUGAUUAUUAAUUCAUCAUUAGGAACUAUUGUGGUGUUGACGAUUUGCUGACUAAUUUUAAACAGAGCAUUUUUAAACGCGAGAUGCGAAUAGCGAAAGAUCGUUGUCCCGAUCAAACAUUCUUUUGACAACGAAAGAGUCGCAAGGUAAAUACGGUCGUGUAAAUUGAUUGAAUUCGUUACGAACCAAUUGUGAUCGUUUCAUAUUUUAUAAUAGCAGUUUUCUUGUGGGAGAAACCGUUAAAAAUAAUGUUGAUAUUUUAAUUUAGAAUAAUAUUGAUAUUUUAAUUAGAAUAAUGUUGCAUAUUGUAUUUCACGUUGUUAUAUGAUGUUAUAUAAUAUUAUGUAUUAUAUUAUAAAACUGAACUGCCACAUGUGCAUCACGUAGCUUAGACUUUUAUAAGAUUUUAAAAUAAAGCAUUUGUGUUUCAUUCACCACUGUAUAUUUCAUGAGUAAGAGUUAAGCAUGUAUAAGAACAGAGCAUGUAUAUUGCAUUGUGUUACGAUAUGCGUUAUGUCUGCGUGUAUCGAAAGAUAUUUUGUAUGCAAAAGCGUAUACGUAUAAUCUAACGAAACACGCAUCUCUUUUGACAUAAUCUUGUUAAUUUAUAAGGUCAUUCCACACCUGGUUGUAAAAGUGACUAAUGUAAGUCUUCCGCUGUGAUAUUUGCAAUUAAUCGAGAAUUAUUUUCGCAAAGCUUAUUAAUAACUUAUUUUGCGAUAGUAAACUUUCAACCUUUCUUUAUCUACACUUUUCUUCAAACAAGUCAUUAUUUAAAAAUGCCUGGUUUUUAUCAGAUAGAUAUAUUUAUAAAAAUUUUUUAUGCUUUUAAAUAUGCUUUUUAAAAUUAUGUAAUGCGAGAUUAUAAAGCAUUUAGUCAGUUUUAAAACUAGCUUCCAAUCAGGCGAAGUUGCUAAUGACGUUUUAUCCAUUUAGGUUUAAGAAAAUUGCUCAAAAGUAAAGUCCGUUCCUUAGUGUUCCUAGUUAUUAAUAUAUGUACUAUAUACACACGCUAUACAACAUACUAUAAAUAUUACAUAGUAAUUCCGUAAAAUCAUACGCCCAGAUUAUCAUUAUACAUAUAAGAAUAAAUUGUGCAAGACAAUUUGAUUGAUGCUGAGGAAACGAUUCCGUUGGCAGAGAUAUGUACAAUAAAUAUAUAGAUUAAAGUACGUUAAAAGAAAUA